AUGCUUCCGCAAGUGCUUGCGAGGACUGCUGUUCGAUGCGCUAGAAAUUUGGAGACGUUCCGAGUAGUCGUCACGCAAGGAUCUGCACGAGCAUCUUCUACUAUAGUGGCUCAAGAAUCUUCAUAUAAUCCUGAUGCUGAGAUGAUAGCGCACGAGCAAAGUCUUCCGCCACAACUACAAGAGACGGAUUAUGAAAAGCAGCUGGAAGCACUGAAGCCAUCAGAAAAUGUUUGGAAAUUGGCACCAUUCAAGCAUCAUAAGAAAAUGAGAGAUAUCAUCAACGAGCUGGAGAUCUACGCAUACAUGGGGACCUAUGUUCCGCAGUCUUUGUCUGAUGAUGACUGGUAUCGAAUGCUCAAUACAACCGAGACCGUUGGCGAUAGAGUGUCUUUUCUCGAAUAUCUUGCUAUAAAGCAAAGGCGACAGGAAAAGGAUAGGCAAAGAAAGAGCUCGAGACAAGAAAAGUUCUUAACACAGCUGGAACAAGAGAGAGCCAAGUUCAUGCGUGGUGAAAUGGGCUAUGGACCAGAUCUCUAUCAAUUGGUGCAUAAUCCUCUACGUAACAGAAAAAAAGUGCACGUCGCACAAGGCGCGCGAAUGGUCGCAGCUAUGCGUUGCGAGGAGCGUCCCAAAAUAGCGCUGGAUCUGCAGUAUAUGUUCAAAGAAAAGCAACGAGUUCAAGCUGAAUUAGGAAAUCAAAUGCAGUAUGUCAUAAGU